AAAAUACAAUUAGCCCUUUACAAUCGCAUUUAUGGAAACGGGCAAUUCUUAUUUGUUCGGGUCUCGUUCCGCGAUGGAGCGCGACAUUCGCGACGAGCUCGACGUCAGAUUAACGAAUUAACGAUCCCUCUCUCCUUCUUCCUCUCUCUCGUCGGCGCAUACCGCAUACCCACGUAUAUCUAUAUCUGCUCGUAUCUACGGUUGCACUUCUGGCAAGUCUGGCACACACCGUUCUGUCAAACUCCAAAAGCAAAAAGGGUUGAACAGGUCUCGUGCGUGCGCGAAAGCCGCAAGUGAGGGCCGCGUGCGGGGCGGGGCCCGGAUUUCCCUUCAACGCGAAUCUCGUCGCAUGUGUCGGCCGUCGUGGAAGAUGAAUUGAUUGUCCGAUAUAUUCGCCCUGUGGAUUUAUAAUUUAUUCGCUGAUACCUCACCUCCCCUUCGCGCAUACCUAAUCGCGUCGCGUACCUCUGUGAUUGCACUACCCGAUCAGCUCCGAGGUGGCCGCCGUGGGAGAGGCAACCAUGGAGGACGAUCUGCCGACCGAGUACGAUGUGGUCGUCGUAGGAACAGGUAUGACCGAGUCGAUCGUCGCCGCGGCGGCAAGCAGGAUCGGCAAGAGGGUUCUACAUCUGGACAGCAAUGAAUAUUACGGAGGGCUGUGGGCUACAUUUAAUUUUGAUGGUUUGCAAAAGUGGAUAGAAGAUUUAAAAACAGUUAAAAGUAACACUAGGAAUAUAAAUGUCAAUUUGAAGGAGAAUGAAAAAUUUUUGAAGGCUAGUGACCAAUAUUCUACAGUCGAGAACAUAGGAGAAAUUUGGUAUAUUUUCAAUGAUGCGGAUCUACCUGAUGUUUCUUCAAAGGACACCCAAACCGAGAGUUCCGGGGACAGUGCCGCAGUCGAGGGUGUGGAAAAGACUGAUCAGGACAAGGCUGACAAAAAGGAGAAUGUGAAACAAUGGAGCAUAGAUCGUAUCAAGAAGGAAUAUAGAAGAUUUAAUAUCGAUUUGGCGCCUAAAUUAUUAUUCGCCCGUGGUGAAUUAGUAGAACUAUUGAUUUCCAGCAACAUUGCGCGUUACGCCGAAUUCCGUGCGGUCUCUAGAGUCGCGACUUUUAUGGAUGGCAAACUAACACAAGUUCCUUGCUCCCGCGCCGAUGUGUUCGCUAAUAAAACGGUUAGUGUUAUUGAAAAGAGAAUGUUGAUGCAACUUCUAACAUCCUGCAUGGAACAAGGUGCCGAUAGUCCAGAGUUCGAUGGUUUCCGUGAUAAAACAUUCUUAGAAUAUCUUAAUACGAAAAACCUUACGCCUAUAGUACAGCAUUAUGUUAUGCAAGCUAUUGCAAUGGCAACAAACAGAACGACAUGUAGAGAUGGUGUUAAUCGUACGAAACAUUUUCUCAAUAGUCUUGGACGUUACGGAAAUACGCCUUUCUUAUGGCCUAUGUAUGGAAGCGGAGAAUUGCCUCAAUGUUUCUGCAGACUGUGUGCGGUCUUUGGGGGAAUUUAUUGCUUAAAGAGACAAUUAGACGGCGUAGUAGUUAAUGAAGAUAAAUGCAAGGCCAUUAUCAGUGGGAGACAGAGAUUGGCUUUGGAGCAUUUAGUUGUAGGACAGGGACACUUGCCACCAGAAAUCGUAGCUUCUGAGGGAGAGAAUCAAAUUUCGCGUGGAAUUUUCAUUACCGAUAGAUCAAUUAUGCAAGGUGAAAAGGAAAGUCUAACUCUUUUGUAUUAUCCGCCGGAAAAACCAGACCAAGAAGCCGUUACUCUAAUCGAAUUGGGACCAUCUACUAAUGCUUGCCCUCAAGGAUUAUUCAUAGUUCAUAUGACGUGUAAACGUACUAAAAAUGCAAAGGAGGAUCUGGCAUACGUUGUGAAUAAGUUCCUGAGAGCAGAACCGCUCGAUUCGAAUGCUGUACGUAGUUCCUCUGAUUCUCAUACCCAAACAGUCUCUCCUGAUAAACGCCAUCUUCAGGAUGACCGACAAGAGAAAGAAGAAACUGAAUAUCCAGUACCCCAGGUAUUAUGGUCUUUGUAUCUGAAUUUACCUGCGAGUGACAUUAAAUUGAGCGAUUCUGCGCCUAGUAAUAUACAUCUGUGUUCUGGACCGGAUCUUGAGCUCGAUUUCGAUUUUGCUGUGAAUCAGGCUAAGAAUAUUUUUAAGUCUAUGUAUCCAAAUGAAGACUUUUUACCACGUGCUCCCGAUCCAGAGGAAAUUGUUCUGGAAGGCGAUGAAGCGCCGGGCCCAAAAUUCGAAGGUGGUGAUAUCGCAGAGGGGGAGGAGAAGCAAGAUGUCGAAAAGGCCGAAAAAGAAGAAUGAACGACUAUCAUAUAGUGCUUUUGCGUCUUUAUUGUCGAAAAGCAGACAAGGCUUUCGCGCCUUUAGUGUCUUUUAUCUUCAUCGUUAUUGCAAUUCUUUAUAAACAUAUUUGAAAAAAAAAGAAAAAAACAAGCAUCAGCAGAUUGCGAAAUAAUAGUAACGAGAAGCUUCACGGCGUUAACAUUAUUUUUUUUAUUAUUUGUACACUUUACACGUUAAUUUUUUUUAUCUAUUCGGAAUAUUUUCGUUGUUCAAGAAUUAUUUAUGUCCAAUUCAUCUCUUAUGCAAUGCUUUCGUAUUUCACGUUUUAUUCAUAAAAGUGAGCUUUAGCAAGAAAAAGACACAGACUCGUUAGAAGAGCACAAAUGCAUUUACGAAAGUGGAAAAUUUAUGAAAUUAUAAUGUCAUUGGAUUGAUAUACAUCUAUCUCGAAAUACUUUAUAUAUCUUACUCUAUAAUUCAAAAGAAUUAUGUACAUAUUUCUUUAUUUAAUAAUUUUGGAAACAAUUUUUCAUUAAACAGCGAGAACAAAGAAAAUGCAAACGCAUUUUGAAAUCCACUUUAGGUAGACAAAACGCUCGUAAUCAUUAGACUCAUAACAUAACCUUAUACCGUAUAACAAUGUCGACAAAGAUAAGAAUGGGAAAAUAUGUGGCGUCACGCUUUGAUACUUCAGUAGAUAUUGACAGCAUUGCAUACCGCAAUUUACAUAUAAAGUAUUGUAUGUGCACGAGCUAUUAGUCAUUUAGAUAGACAUCGUGACAUAUUGAGGAUUGAUAGUUUGUAUUACAUGCAUUAUACAUAAAUGGAUAUACCUUUAAUGCGCUGUCAUGAUAUAUCUGUAAUAAACAUGAGAGAAAAAAUGCAACUUGAUUUAAAUGAA